UUUUAAAUUGAGGUUAUGCUUAAGAUAGGAUAUUCAAUCUUAAAACUUAUAAGUGAAGAUUACCCUCAACCUAUUUAAUUAUAUACUCAUAAGUAUUAAUUAUAAAAUACCAUAACAAGAAUGCUAAAGGGGCUUGUAAGUUUAGUUACUGGAGGAGCUUCAGGUCUUGGAAAAGCGACUGUGGAAAGGUUGAUUCAAAAUGGGGGCAAGGUUGUUAUAUUGGAUGUUCAAGGUACAAGGGCACAGGAGGUAAAAAAGAAACUCGGGGAUGAUGUUCUUGUUUCUGUUGGUAGCAUAACCUCUGAAGAAGAUGUCAAAAAAGCGUUGGAUUUAGCCAAGGCGAAGUUUGGUAAAUUAGACACAUUAGUCAACUGUGCUGGUCACGCUCAAACAAGUCAGGUGUACAACUUCUUUCAGGACAAGGAAACAGAAAUGGAACAUUUUAUGAAUUGCAUAAAUGUAAAUACAAUAGGCACAUUUAAUGUCAUAAGAUUAGCAGCAGGUCUAAUAGGCAAGAAUGAUCCAACAGAAGAUGGUCAGAGAGGCGUUAUAAUAAACACAGCAUCAACAAUAGCACAUGAGGGUGAUAUAGGUCAAGCAGGUUAUGCUGCAUCAACUGCUGCAAUUGUGGGAAUGACAUUGCCAAUAGCUAGAGAUCUUGCUCCGCAGGGUAUAAGAGUUGUUACUAUAGCACCAGGAUUUUUUGACACUCCCUUAAUAACAUAUUUACCAGAGAAGAUGAUCGAAUUUGUAAAACGAAUGACCCCAUUCCCUUCAAGAUUAGGCAAGCCGGCUGAAUAUGCUCAUCUCGUUACUAGCAUAAUAGAAAAUCCAAUGUUAAAUGGUGAAGUAAUAAGAUUAGAUGGGGCUCAAAGGUGGUUCCCAUUAUAAAUAUGUACAAGAUGUCCGUGUCGAUUCGGUUAUACAUAAUUUUUAAAGCUAGUUGAGGAAUUAUGUUAUUAAACUAAUUGCUCAUCCCGGGGUAAAAUAAAGAAUUUAUUCCGAGAUGUUUUUUUUACCAAUGAAUCAUUAAUAAAAAUUUUUGAACAAUAAGUCAUUAAUAAAAACUAGGAGACGCAGAAAAUUAAGGAUUGUAUAUAAUUUAUGUGAAAACACUUAAAAAAGUCGGUAAAUUAAAAAAAACAUAUUGAAUUCGGUAACAGCGCCAUCUACCAGGACUAAUUAUAUACAGCUAAAAAGCAUUCCGGUGUUAAAAAUGUAUAUUUGAUUAAAAUUGUUCAUGCCGUGUAAGAGGAGACGAUUUAUGAACAAACAGGCACCGGAAAUUUAUUUUAUAUUAUUAUAUAAAGAUGAGCCGUUAGUGCUUAUGAAAUUAUUAUUAUUAAAUUUUCCGGUUUCAUAGCAAUUCUCAAUAACGUAAAAUGAACCGGCGUAUUUAAUAUAUAAUUACUUACCAGGACUUCAAAUAACUUAGAUUUCAAGUUAGUGGUGCUUUGAGAUUUUGUAUAAAAGAUUCGACACUGCUGUAGAUUAAUAAGUUAGAAUGUUUAUUGAAU